AUGGAGACUGAGAGACAAGUGAAGACGCCAUAUUUGAAUGCGAGAUUGGUGAAUUUCCAACCAUUAUGUUCAAAACAUCAGAAAGUUAAACCAUUACAAUUGAAAGAUUUGAGAGAUUUGAGAGUUCAGGAAGCUCUUAUAGUGAAGGAUUUGUUGUAUGUGCUUUUGGGGUUAGAAGGUGCUUAUAUUAGAUAUUCUGAAGGUUUUGAUCCAAAUAUAUUGAAAUUAAGACUUCUGGGACCAGAUUAUAAAAUUAAUAAAAAUUUAGAUACAAGUUUAAAAGAUGUUACCAAGAGAAUUGUUCAUUUAGGUAGAAUGUAUACUUCAUUAGUUGCAUUUACAGAAUAUUAUAAUUCUGAAAAAUUUGGUCAAAUUGUACAAAAUUUUGUUUAUGAAGUUCGUCAAUUUUUGAAAAAUUAUAUAUUUUUCCUUGAUUCAAUGGAUCAACAAUUUAAAUUUAACAAAGAUUUCAAUAUUCGUCAAUUAGAACAAGAUUUAAGAACUCAUGUUAGUUAUAAAAUGUUACAUUUAUAUGAAAUUGUUCAAACAAUUGAAAAAUUAAAUCAAGAAAGAAGUAUAAUCACACAAGAUAAUAUGUUUGCAAAUUUUAUCGAAGGAAUACGACAUGAUAUACAACAUACAGGUUCAGUUGAUCUGUUAUCAGAUUCUUCAAGUCAUAGAUUAGUUAAAGGUGGAUUAUUAUUGAAAAUUGUUCAAGAUAGAAUUGAUGAACAUAGUGGAGAUUUAAAAUCAUUUGAAUUUUUAUCACAAAUUUUCAAUAAUAUAAGUAAAUUAUAUAUUGAUAUGUUAAAUGAUUGGAUAACUAAAGGUAUAUUGAAUGAUCAAAAUAAUGAAUUUUUCAUAAUAUCAAAUCUUGCACAUGAUUUUAAGAUUAAUAGUUUAAACUCUGAAAGAUAUUGGGAUUCAAAAUAUAUUGUUAAAAAAGAUGGUUUACCUAAACAAUUUGAUAACCCAGAAAUUCAAUAUAAAGUUUUACAGACUGGUAAAUAUUUAAAUGUCUUGAGAGAAGUUGGUGUUGAAUUAGAUUCUUUUUUCAAUGAAAGAGUAACAACUUUAAGUAAUUCUAAUAAUCUUUAUUUAACACUUGAUAAUGCUUAUGAAAAUGCAAACAAACUUAUAUUAGAUCUUUUUUUCCAUGGUUAUAAUUUUAAAAAAAUUUUAAAAAAUUUACAAAAAUAUUAUUUAUUAAAUAAUAUUGGACAAUUUCAAGAAUUUUUAAACACAAAUUUCCAUGAAUUUAAAAAACCAUAUACUCAUAUUUCAAAAUCAAAAUUACAGAGAACAUUUGAUCAAAUAUGUAAAAAUAAUUCAGAUGUAAUUUUCCAAUUAUUAAAUAUAAUUAUUGAAAAAGAUUCAAUUUAUGAUUAUCUUUUAGAAAUUUUAAAAGUUGAACCAAUUGAUGCAGAAAAGGCAUUAACUGCAACAAAUUUUGAUUCAAUAAAGACAUUAAUAAAUGAAACUUUAGAUUUUGAUAAACAUCAUAAUGAUCAAAAUUCUGAUGGGAAUAAUAAAUCAUCUGAACUUAUUAAAUCAAUUAAUUUUUUCACAUUUGAUAUAAUUUUACCAUUCCCAUUAAAUUUAAUUAUUAAUAGAACAGUUAUAAUUCAAUUUCAAUUAAUUUUUAGACAUUUAAUUAAUUUACAUUAUACAGAUAAACAAUUGAAUGAAACAUGGUUUGAAAUUAAUCAAAAUAAAAUUUGGAAAUAUAAAUUUUUCAAUAAAUCAAUAUCAAAAUGGAUAACAAGAGUUAGAUCAUUACAUGAUCGUAUGAAAGAUUUUAUUAAAAUUUAUUUUGGAUUCCUUGUAUAUGAUUUAAUUGAUUUAAAUUGGGGUGAUUUCUUAAAAAAAAUUGAUGAUGUUGAAAAUUUUGAAGAUUUAUCAAAUUAUUUACAAUUUUUCCUAAAUACAAUAUUGAAAAGUUCUAUAUUAACAACAGAUAAAUUAAUUAAAAUUUGGGUUAAAAUUUCACAAAUUAUAAAUGGAUAUUGUAAUUUUUUACUUUCAUUAAGGAAAGUAUUAAUCUUAUUAGAUUUAAAUUUAUUUACAAAAUAUGAUGAAAGAUUAAAAGGUCAACUUUUUGAUGAAGAAAAAAAUUUUGAAAGAUUUGAAAAAUUAAAUUUAUAUUUAAAUGAUUAUCUUGAAGGAUUUAGUCAACAUUUAAAUGGUUUUAUUGAAGGUUUAAGAUAUUAUGGAGAAUUAGAAACACCAGAUUUUUUAAUAUUAGCUAUAAGAUUAGAAUCUUCAUUUCCUUCAAAGGAAUAG